AUGAGUAGACCGCUGACGGAAGAGGAGAAAAGGAGGAUUGCUGUCAACAAGGCCGAAGCGCUGCGGAGAGCUGAAGAACGGAAAAAGCGAGAGGCUGCCGCCGCAGCCGCUGCUGCUGCUGCUCGGUCCGCUACAAACGCUCCACAGCAAAUACCCCGUGCAGCUACUACUCAUGUGUUAGGUGCUGCACAGCCGUCGUCUCUUUCAGCUAAUAAAGCGACAGCAGUUCUGCAGCCAACAUCUCGUCCAAGCACUUCCACACAUGUCUCUUCCACUGCUACUCCAUCUGUUCAGCAAUUCAAGCCACCAACACCUGCCAGGUUGCCAAAGUCCAAUAUCCGCGUGUCCUUUAGUGUGGUCGCGAGUGACAGGAUCAAGGUGCGGUUCUCUCCCUAUCACGUCGCGGUUCACGAAGCGAUCAAAUCGAUUAAAUUCAGUACAUAUGACCACAAGGAUCGCACAUGGAGUAUACCACUUUCUGAAUUGAAUUCUUGUCAGAAAGUCCUCAACACUCUUACGGUUGUCGACGUUACGUUGGAGACGAUCCCUGACAAUGUGAUCAAACUGCUCACAGAAGAUUCUUUUUCAAAGCACACUGUGCCAUCCGACCUGUCCUUGAUUAUGGAUCCGGCUUUAAUAGAAAGAAUGUUUCCCUUUCAGAAAAUAGGCGUGACGUUCGGUAUCGAAAGGGGCGGACGUAUUUUGCUUGCAGAUGAAAUGGGUCUAGGAAAAUCUGUUCAAGCUCUUACAUUGGCACGAUAUUACAAGUCUGAAUGGCCUCUGCUCAUAAUUUGCCCCUCUUCAGUGAAAACUGCAUGGAAAAUGGUUCCAAAAAUCAACAAGUUCCUACCUAUAAUUCAAAAAAUCUUUCUCAUAGAGAAAGGAAGUGAUCCGCUUCCAACAGCACGGACAUCAAAUACGGGUUGUUUUUUCGUUUCUAUCAGCAUAGUUCAGAUUGCAAUUAUGAGCUACGAUUUGAUGGUCCUCAAGAAGAAGGAACUAGAGGAACUUAAUUACUAUGUGAUCAUAUUUGACGAAUCUCAUUUGUUAAAGGACAACAAAGCCAAGCGGACACAGGUGGCCCAUUCGUUAGCGAAACGAGCAACACGAGUCAUCCUCCUUUCGGGUACUCCCGCAUUGUCGCGCCCAGCUGAAUUGUACUCUCAAGUAAGGCUAGUGAAUGACCGUCUUUUCCCGAAUUUCCACAAUUUCGCCACUAGAUAUUGUGAUGGAAAGCAAGGACGAUUUUGUUUUGAGGCGAAGGGCUGUACUAAUAGUGAAGAACUAGCUGCGAUCCUCUAUAAACGAGUGAUGAUUCGUCGCCUCAAAAAAGAUGUGCUUUCCGACCUGCCAGAUAAGCGCAGAGAGGUUGUUUAUUUAUCUGGCGACAAAAUCGAUUCGCGCAUGGAUAGUCUUCAAAAGGCGAAGAGGGCGUUCGAAAUGAAUAGCGGUGCCUUCAGGGGGGAAUCCGAGUGGAAACGAAAGUCUGCUGGAGUACUUCAGCCUCACUGGCAUAGUAAAGAUGCACCGAAAAAGAAAGUGCUUAUUUUUGGGCACCAUCAUAUUGUCUUGGAUACAGUACAAGUAGAAGUCCAGAAACGAAAUUUGAAGUCAAUUCGGAUAGAUGGAAGCACGUCGUCAACUGAUCGAGGGAAACUGUGCCAGGAAUUCCAGGAAGACCCUAAUGUGGAAGUUGCUAUCUUGUCGAUGACUGCAGCUGGUGUAGGAAUAACACUCACCGCAGCUUCUGUUGUAAUAUUCGCUGAAUUACAUUGGAAUCCUGGAACACUGUUGCAAGCAGAAGAUCGUGCUCAUCGCGUAGGUCAAAAGGACAGUGUGUUUGUUCAAUAUCUGGUUGCAAAAAAUACCGCUGAUGAUGUAAUUUGGCCUCUUAUUCAACAAAAGCUUGAUGUGCUUGGUCAGGUGAACUUGUCGAACGACACCUUCCGUUCUGCGGAAAGGACUCACUUGAAAUGUGAAACGCAUGCUCCUGUGAAACCUAAAGACAUUACCGAUUUCUUCGCGCAUGACCUGGAAGACAACCCUAAAAGAGCGAAAAUAGACGAAUAA